AUGGGGCCGGGAGCAUCCACCAUGUGUAUGUGUGCUGCGCACGCAUAUGCAUCACCACCCUGCGACGCUCCAGCUGCUCGGCAGAGCAUAGCGCAGGCACCAUACACUGCCUGCUUGUGCAAAAAUGGCUCGGUUGGGUCAAAUACAGCUCUGAUACAAAGCAUGAAAGAAAUGUUGGUCAAAAUGGACACCUACCUGGAACGCAUUUUAAUUGUGAGUUCUAUUUUUGUCUAUUUUGUUUUACUUCCAGUUAGAAAUCAAUCCCAGUCUUCUCUUUACCUUGCAAGCCAAAAUGUAUCCUGCACGGAUUCCUGGAUUACAUACAAGGGAAAAUAUUUCUAUAUAGCAAGAGAAGAAAAGGAUUGGUUUAUGAGUUUAAAGACCUGUUCCUUAUUAAAUUCAUCCUUGGCAGUGAUUGAUACUCAGAAGGAAUUGGUAAGAAAUAAGGAGACAGAUUUUUGGGUACAUUUUUUAGGUCCCUUUGAUUACUGGUUUGGCCUUUCAAGAGAAACUAACAAGGUCUGGAAAUGGGCCAAUGGCACAGAGUUUAGAAAUCAGUUUCCAAUUCAUGGAGAAGGCUUAUGUGCAUAUAUAAAUGCAGAAGGGGCCAGUAGUACAAAGUGCACAGUGGAGAAAGGUUUUUUAUGCAGUUGUAACAAAGUUGCAGCAAUACUGGCAAAGACAACCUCAUCAAAAGUGGGAAUUCUACUAUACCAUCAGAAUGCUGGUUUCUUGCGGUUUGCUGAGGCACUCUCCAUUAACCGUUUGAAGCCCUCCUUGUGUGUGCAGAAACGGCUAUAUGUCAAUCUAUGCGUCACGUUGGUGUAA